AAUUACUUCCGGCGUGGUCGCGCCAGGCUGCCUCAGAGCCGCCUGCGGCCUCCGCUUUCUGCUCCACUGGGACGCUUCCGCUCUUCUGAGGGACUUUUGGACUGCCGGCCCUUGCCCUUUGUGCCCGCUCUGCCUUCCUGAGGAGGUACAAGUACUGCUGAGACUGUGGUUGUGUUCAAGUGCCCGCCAUGGCCGAAGCAUCCUCACAAGUACGACAGAACUAUGACCGCUGCUGUGAGGAGGCCGUCAACACCCAUAUCCGUCUGCUGCUCCAGGCUUCCUACUCGUACCUGUCGAUGGCCUUCUACUUUGACCGUGAUGACGUGGCCCUGGAGAAUUUCAAGCGAUUCUUCCUGAGUAAGUCACACGACUGCAAGGCCAGUGUGGAGAUGUUUGUGUUCAUGCAGAAUAAGCGUGGUGGCCAUGUUUUUCUGCCUAGCAUCGCGAAACCAGACCGCAAAAGUUGGCAGGGGGGCUUUCGGGCCAUGGAAUGCGCCUUCCGCAUGGAGAUGACCAUCAACCAGAGUCUGCUGAACCUGCACGAGCUGGCCAAGGGAAAGGGUGAUGCUCACCUCUGCAACUUCCUGGGGCAACACUGUCUGGAUCAGCAGGUCCAUGUCCUCAAGAAGAUAGGCGGCUACCUGACCAACCUGCGCCAGAUGGGAGCACCGGAGCAAGCCUUGGCUGAGUACCUCUUUGACAAGCUCAGCCUGUCCUGAAGCUUCAACUGGACUGAACUGGGAUGUCCUCACUGCCAUGGGGUCUUCCUCUGGUCAUUAGACCUGGUGUCAGUUCAUGUUAUUUUUGAAGCAAAUUCACCAGUUUUCUGUUUCUGUUUGCAAUAAAAUUUGUUUGUUUCAAAGCAAAAA